AAGCUACCUUAUCGCGUCUUAUCGCGAUAUCUGUUUUGUCGCAGUGUUUGAUUAGUUAGUCACGAUUGAUAGGUCAGAGAACUCACCGGAGUCUCCGACUUCGGACCACUCUGCCCGCUCGGAUCACUCUGACCACCCGGAUGACCACCCGGGGCAGUCUAAUCACCCGGACAACUCUGACCACCCUGACAACUCUGACCGCCCGGACCACUCAGAAGAAGACUCUGACCUCUCGGAACCCGCGGAACCUCCGGACCGCCCGAACCUCCCGAACCGCUCGAACCGCUUGAACCGCUUGAAUCGUAUUCCGCCUAGGUGUGAGUGCUUGAACGUGUAUUCUACGAAUAUGACAGAAGUAGAUUUAGACAAAGCGCAGAUCAUCCAAUAUGUGCCGUUCCAGUCGUUCGUGCACCCUUCUUUUUGGCAUUCUCUCACCAAUUUGAAACUCGACGUAGAUAAAUUGAAAGAGACUAAAAAGGAGAUUUGGGGUCGGUUCAGUUAUCGUGGCGACGUAGAAGCUAUAUUCGAAGUGGAUGGAACGUCCUUCAACGUUUUUCCUGAAGAUGACAUUAUGUAUGCAAAUGUAAGGGGAACAUUAAUGAACAAGAAUACUAUUGAAGAGUAUAAAACUAUUGAUAAAGCUGGAUUGUUAAAUGCAGUUGGCAAGGAAAUGUGGGAAAACAUGAAAACUAAAGCUUGGAUUGCUAACCCCUUUGAAUUAUGGAAUUUUAUAAUUCUAUCAUUUGCUGAUCUCAAAAAAUUCAAUUAUUACUACUGGUUUGCAUUUCCUGCACCUAGCCAGCCCACAGUUUUUAUUAACGAAAUAAGUUCGAACAUACGGUUAAUUUUCCGUACAAUUGAAAUUAAUGAGUUAUCACAAGGCUACAAAGCUCUGGAUGAGGAACAAAAAGGUUACUUUAUUGUCACAAGAUCUGAUUUUGGAAUUAAUGUUACAACAAUAUCAACUGUACUGGAUGCAAAUGGAGGUUUUAAAGAGGAUGUGGAUCUAACCAAUACAUAUUUUGCGUUCACUGAUCCAAGUAAUGGCAGGAAUCCUGGGUGGCCAUUACGAUUAUUUUUGGCGGCUUUGAUAGACCACUGCCCAACUCUACUUGGCGCUUCUAUUAACGUAUUGGCUCUACGAGCCAAUUACACUGCUGGCGUUGACAAUAGCCGCCUAUAUACUGUGAAAGUGCCACAGGAGGUCAAGCCUGUUGAGUCAGCAGGUUGGGUGGGUUGGGAAAGGAAUGACAAAGGCAAUUUUGGGCCAAAGCUCGCCAACAUGUCUGCAUCACUAGACCCUGCAGUACUGGCUGAAACCUCAUCAGAUCUGAACAUAAAGUUAAUGAAAUGGCGUCUCGUGCCCGACAUAGAUGUGGAUGUCAUGAAGAGAACCCGAUGCUUAUUAUUUGGAGCUGGCACUCUUGGCUGUCAUGUCGCUCGAGAUUUAUUGGCCUGGGGCUUUCGACACAUCACAUUUAUAGACAACGGCAAAGUAUCUUAUUCCAACCCAACGCGGCAGGUACUCUAUACUUUCCACGACUGUCUGAAUGGCGGGCGAAUGAAAGCCGAGGCAGCAGCAAACGCAAUAUUAAAUAUAUUGCCUUCAGUUGUGAGUGAGGGAAUAGUAGCACACAUUCCAAUGCCCGGACAUCCGAUCGGAGAGGCGAUGACGGAUGAAACAGUUGACAACGUUAAGCGGAUCGCACAAGCAGUAGAAGAACAUGAUGUUUUAUUUCUACUCCUGGAUUCUAGGGAGGCACGCUGGCUUCCCACAUUGUUGGGAGCUCACUAUGGAAAGAUAGUGAUAAAUGCAGCUCUAGGGUUCGACAGUUACCUAGUGAUGCGUCACGGUUUUAAUGCCGAGUACGAAUACUGUGCGGAACCAAUGAAGAUUCCGGAUAACAAGGAUUGUAUGCCCGGUGUUGAUCUCGGCUGCUAUUUCUGCAAUGAUGUUACUGCUCCUGGUGAUUCGAUGAAAGAUCGCACACUCGAUCAGCAAUGCACGGUGACGCGGCCGGGUGUAGCUGCGAUUGCCGGCGCCUUGGCGGUUGAGUUACUCGUUGGAGUAUUACAACAUCCACUAGGGGGACGUGCACCAGCUAUGAUAAACUUAAAGACAGAUUCCGACGACCCACCCAAAGAGUGCAGAAGCGUACUCGGUCCCGUGCCACAUUCACUAAGGGGGUUCUUAAGCACUUACUCAACGAUUGCUCCGACUUGUGCCAAAUUCAAGCAGUGCAUAGCCUGCUCAGAUAUUGUGCUAAAUAGAUACAGGGAGUAUGGUUUCGAUUUCUUGUUUGAAGUAUUCGAUAGUGGAAACCAUUUGGAAGAAGUGACCGGACUCCGUGAAUUGCAUUUGUCUGCGGAAAUGACUGAGAUACUGACAUUGUCGGAUGAUGAAGGGGAGGAAUAAAUCUGAAGCAUAUAUUAUUAAUUAAAGCUCUACUUUUUUGCCAUAUUAAUAUCCAUGCAUUUAUAAGUGUUAGUAGCAUGUUUAAAAUCUCGAUGUUACAAUUUACUCAUUCAAUGUCCUAUGUGAGCGAGUAAUGCGACUGGAUGUAACGAAAAGACUAAGGAGUCAGAAGGUGCUGCAACAGGCCUAUGAAUGUUUACAAUAGAAAUAUCGCCAAAGAGAGUCGUUUAUUUUGCUCACCCAGGACAGUCUUAAUUAAAUUUUGAUCGUCUAUAUUAUCAAUCUAUGUGGAAUUAUUAAAAAUAAUCCAUUCAGCAAAUAUAAUCAAUACAAGCGCAAAAAAGCAGCUUUAUAUGUUGUGAUAUUAUAUUAUUUAUGUGUAUAUAAAUGUCUCUAAAUGUGUAAAAUAAAAUCAAUAAAAAUAA